AACAGCAUCUGGGGAGCCUGGAAUGGCUUUUCAGACUGGCAGCCAUUUUUAUUUCGUCCCGCUUCGCAGUUAGGAGGCCUCGUGGGUGGAUGCGGGAGGUCACGUGAUCACUUUCCUUUUUUUUUUCUUUUUUUUCCCUCCUUCCCACAGAAACACACCCACGUCCUCCUGCAGCCUCUUUCCGCUACGCUCGCCUCCUUCUGGAUGCCGUUGUCUGCACAAUGUUUCCACAGCGGGGAUAAUAUUCACCUGGUUUACUUUUAAACACUUUUCUGGAGCAUAUUUUUGCAGGUGGUGAGAAAUAGUUCCACCUCCGCGCCGUCUGGAUAACUCUUAAGAUUUAAAGGGACGCGUAGGAGGCGGUGGUUGGCAAAAAAAAACAAAAAAAACCCGGCCGGAUCAUGAGUCUGGUGGAGGUGAGGCAGUUAGCGGGGUCCUUGACCCUGUCCCUGUCCAGCAACGACUCCAAGGAACGCUGCUUUGAGAGCGACCCGGAUAGCCUCCGGAGCCGUACCAUGUCUCCGGACCUGAGGCAGGAUUUUAACAUGAUGGAGCAGAAGAAGAGGGUCACUCACAUCCUGCAGAGUCCAGUGUUCAAAGAUGAACUGGAAGGCCUGAUUCAGGAUCAGCUGACAAAGGGCAACACCCCCACGGGUCUCCUGGCGCUGAGACAAAUAGCCGACCUGGUCAUGGCCAGCACCGUGGGAGGGGCCGGGCCCCUGACGUCACCCAUCAGCUUGGGAAUGGUAUCGCCAAUUAACGACUUGUAUGCGGUGGAGUCGCCGUCCUUCGCCAAAGGAGAGAAGCUGAGCCGCUGCAGGCUGGCCAGUCUCUACAGGCUGGUGGACCUUUUCAGCUGGGCCCGUUUCACAAGCUCCUACAUCACCGUGCGUGUCAAUAAAGAGCAGGACCAUGUUCUUAUCAGUCCCAGAGGUCUUUCUUUUGCUGAGGUGACUGCAGCAACUUUGGUCAAAGUGAACAUGAUUGGCGAUGUUGUGGACCAAGGCUCUACCGACCUGGGCAUCGACCGCUUUGGAUUCGCUCCCCACGCCGCCAUCUACGCCAUGCGACCUGACUUGAGAUGUAUCGUCCACGUCCACACGCCCGCUACAGCUGCCGUGUCCUCCAUGAAGUGUGGAAUACUGCCCAUUUCCCAGGAGGCCUUGCUUCUUGGAGACGUGAGCUGCUUCGGUUACCAUGGCAGCCUGGAUGAUAGAGAGGAGAAGGUGCAGUUUCAGAAAGCCCUGGGCCCUACUGCCAAGGUCAUGGUCUUGAGGAACCACGGGCUGCUCGCUCUGGGGGAAACCGUAGAAGAAGCCUUCCACUACAUGUACCACUCCCAGCAAGCCUGCGAAAUCCAGGUGCAGGCGUUGGCGUGCUCGGGUGGCGUGGACAACCUGGUGCUCCUGGACAGAGAGAGGUUCAAACCGCUGACGCAGGGCGUGGCUGCUGCAGGGGUGCUCAUGAGCAACGAAUUCAAGUGGAAAGUGGGAGAGGCCGAGUUCGAGUCCCUGAUGAGGAUGCUGGACAACCUCGGCUACAGAACGGGCCACUCCUACAGGAACCCCAUCAUCCGGGAAAAGCCCAGGUCCAAGAACGACGUGGAGAUCCCCGCCACGGUGUCCAUGGUGAUGCCGGAGGACGGCGAGUCGGGUCUGUGCAGCCCCUUCAAGUUCCUGGUGCAGAAGCAGCAGCGGGAGCGCACCAGAUGGCUCAACUCGCCCAACAGCUACCUGAAGGUGGACGUGCCGGAACGGUCGCCCAGCGGGGACGUCAGCCCCAGAACCAAAACCAUGUGGAUGAAGUCUUCAGAGCCGGGCAAGAGCGUGGGCACCCCCAUAAAGAUUGAAGACCCCAACCAAUUUGUCCCACUAAACACUGACCCCACAGAGGUUUUACACAAGAGGAACCGGAUGAAAGAGCAGCACAGAGGAGACCAGAUGACAGCAGGUCCCAAGUCCCAGUUACUAGCAGGCAUUGUGGUGGACACCAUACCGGGACCAGCUUUCAUCAUCGAGGAUGAGGAGCACACUCGCUCUCUUCCCCCGAAUCCUUUCAACCAUCUGACGGAGGCGGUGCUGGAGGAGUACAAGAACAUGGUGGAACGCAAGCAACAAGGCCAAGACGAAGACGAAGACGCCACCGACGCAGACGAGAUGACCACCUUUGAUGGCUCGACCAUCUCCCUCUCCCUUUCUCCCAUCAUGACGCCAACCAAGCAAGACUCCAUACCCAACGGGAAAGACCACUUGUCGGAUCUGGAGGAGGACCUGAGCGUGGAGGUUUCCAAGCUGAGCCUGAGCACUUCGGAAUCGCUGGAAAUCACCACCACCACCACCAAGGACCAGAAGACGGGGGAGGCGCAGACUCCGGAGAGCCAAACCAAGAAGAAGAAGAAGAACAAGUUCCGCACACCUUCCUUCCUGAAGAAGAGCAAGAAGGAGAAGAAAAAGAGCGAAGCGUGCGUGCAUUAACGCAAGGGUAAUGCCUUCUUUGACCUCUCCUUUGCCACCAGUGAGGGAUCCAAACUAGCCAACGGCAGCUGUGGAAGCGAACGCAAUGAAAGAUAUUAGUGGUUGUUUUGACCUGUGUUUUUAACGAGCGUUCAAGAGAAACUUCUGAAGCUCAGUUUUUGUAUCUAUAUCUAUUCCUUUUUGCACAACCUCCUCCUAUGAAUGUAUCCUAAACCAGCACGCCCGUCGUGUAACAAUGGCUACCAAUUACACAGCCUUAGACGGAGGAAAAAAAAACAAAAACAUUCCAGAUGAUUUGACUAUGGUGUGAUAGCAUUAGACGAGUGUGUGCUCCAGCUAACUAAUCUUCUACUAAUCAUGCCGUGAUUAUAAAGUCAUCAUAAGCUGCUGCUUGUGUCGUUGCUGCCAUCUUAGAGACUAACCCACGAGUCAUGUGACCUAUAAUGUGAACACCCCCAGGGAGUGACCCCGUGUAAAUAGUUGGAUGUUAUUUUGGUAUAAUGUGAGCGUACAAUCUUAAUAACUUCUUUGAACACCUCCAUGUUUUUAUAUGUUUGUGUGCUUCUGUUUUUACCUUUUAAUGGCAAUAUAUGAGAUGUUUCAAGGCAAUAGCACCUCCACUAUGAAAUAAAGCCUUGUAGAAGUA